CAAAGUCUGCUGCGUGUUGCUCUGCGACGUCCUUCUCAGCUGCUGCUGGAGUCUUUAAGUCCUCGGGGAUCUUCCAUCCACACCUACUACUAGCUCACUCUACUGCUCCUGCUCUCGUCUCGUUUUUCAGUCUCUUCUUCUGCUCUCUACUCUUUUGGUACUUCGAUCUGAAUCCCGGAACGAAGUCCAGCUAGCGAAGCGACGGGAGAGACAGAGAGAGAGGGAGAGUCCAGCUUUGAUUAAAAAAAGAGAAACUUUUCCGACUGUCUUCAGCUCCGGACUCGAGAGCGCGCGGGGUGGGUCGAUACAGUCGGUCCCACCAGCACCACCUGGGGCGGGAGGCAGAGACUCACUCGACUGUUUACAGUUCUGAGCGAGCGAGUUCUGAGAUGAUGUUGGUAUGAACGAAGGCGAACGAGGGGGAGUUUGUAUUGUGUGUUCGUUGUGAAGCUGAAGUUGCUGAGCUCAGUUGUCGCUCGAGAAGAAGUGAAGUGCAGUGAAGUACAGCAUGCUGUGUUCACAGGGCUCGUGUGCGUAAGAGAUCCUUGAGGUUGAGAGGGCGAGUUUCGUGCUAGGCGACAGUGGAGGGGGUGGGGAAAUAUAAUUUCCCGGGUCCGUCAAAAGGGGUCGCAAUAGGGAAGAACGAGAUGGCGGUUGCGCCCAUUCCUGGCAUGGGGAAGGGCGGCGGCGGAGGCGGAGGUGGAGGCGGCGGCAAGCAGAACCAGGAUACUGAGCCACUCCAUCACCCGAUUCAUGAGCAGCUCCCGGGACUGCGAUACUGCAUCAACGAUGAUCCGGUUUGGCCCGAGACCAUCAUCUUGGGCUUCCAGCAUUAUCUGGCCCUCCUCUUCCCAGUCGUGUUCAUUACCUCGACCUUGGUUCCUCAGAUGGGAGGAGACAAUGGCGACCGGGCUCGAGUCAUCCAGACGAUUCUCUUCGUCUCCGGCAUCAACACUCUGAUCCAGACGUUCCUCGGAACUCGCUUGCCCGUGGUGUCUGGCGUUUCGGUGGCGUACUUGAUUCCAACCUUGACCAUAAUUAACUCGUCGAGGUUGAGUAGCAUCGUCGACCCCAAAGAGAGGUUCGAGCGGACCAUGCGCGAAAUACAAGGAGCUCUCAUCGCUGGCUCGAGUCUGCAAGUCAUUCUGGGCUUCAGCGGGCUCUGGGGAAUCGUCACCAGGUUCUUCAGUCCGGUGUCAAUUGCUCCCACGGUGGCCAUGCUCGCUCUGGGGCUCUACGGGUACGGGUUCGCGCAAGUGGCGAAGUGCGUGGAGAUCGGACUCCCUGCAGUCGUCGUGAUCCUGCUCUUCUCGCAGUACCUCAAGCACCUUCGCAUCAAAGUGGGCCAGCAUUUCCACGUAUUUGAGCUGUUCCCGGUCGUGCUGGGGCUCGGAGUCGUAUGGGGCUACGCGCACAUUCUCACCGUCAGCGGCGCCUACCGGCACGCCUCGCUGCUGGGCCAGCAACACUGCCGGACGGACCGCAACGGACUCGUCUCGCAAGCUCCGUGGAUCAAGGUGCCGUACCCGUUGCAGUGGGGCGCCCCGACGUUCGAAGCUGGGCAUGCGUUCGGAGUUAUGGCCGGAGUCGUCGCUUCGCUGGUGGAGUCUACUGCAGGUUACUACGCCGUCUCGCGGCUGGCGGGGGCGACGCCGCCACCUCCUCACGUCGUCACCAGAGGAAUCGGAUGGCAGGGAAUUGGAAUUCUGCUCGCGGGAAUGUUCGGCACGGCCACGGGUGUUUCCAUUUCCCCUGAGAACAUUGGCCUCAUCGGUAUUACCAGAGUGGGCAGUCGACGGGUCAUUCAGGUCGCGGGCUUGUGGAUGAUUUUCUUCGGCCUGUUCGGCAAAUUCGGUGCCAUCUUCGCGUCCAUCCCCCUCCCCAUGCUGGCCGCCGUGCUGUGCAUCGUUCUGGGAAUUGUCGCUGCGGCGGGAAUUUCUAUCUUGCAAUUUACAAAUAUCAACUUGACUCGCAACCUGUUCAUCGUGGGCACGGCGUUGUUCCUGGGCCUUUCCGUGCCCCAGUACUUCAACGAGUUCACCCUCAAAGCGGGACACGGACCCGUGCACACCGGAGCUCAUUGGUUCAACGAUUUGUUCAACGUGAUACUCUCCUCUCACCCAAUCAUCGCUUUGACCGUGGCUGGGGUGUUGGAUAACACCAUCGAGGCCGGGAUCUCGCACCGUGACCGCGGGAUGCACUGGUGGUCGAGAUUCCAUAAGUUCCAAGGCGACUCUCGGAACGAGGAGUUUUACCGACUGCCGUGGAACCUGCACAAGUUCUUCCCUCCGACAUAGAUUAGACUUGUAUAGGCGGACCGAGGAAUAGAUUGCUUUUGGGCCAGUACCCACGACUAUCGUCGAUGUUUGUAUACAUUGAAUUUUGUUAGUUGCUAACUGCUGAGAAUAUAGACAAGUGUAGGUAUAAUAUAUAGGUAGACAGAGCGAGCAAUAUUCUAUUGACCAUCGGCCGACACGUAGAAUGGAACCGAAUCGUGGACAGCGUCUCCCAUUUUCGCAGACGUGUUCUUAUCUGUAUUCUCCAAUUUUGAUCAAUACAAAUUCCCACAUGCAGCUCGGACUGGU